AUGUUGGGAGCUAUACGGCAAGCUGCCCGUGUGAGGACUGCAAAUUCAUUUUCCCCGAAUGUUACGAGACAGCAAAAUUUCUUGCAAACUAGAAAGAGAAUUUAUAGUACCGAAACAACUUCGAAGUCGACUUCGGAUAUUUCUAAAGCUGCUACUAACGGGGCCACCCCUUUUAAAGGUGCUACCCCUACUGAAACCGUUAAAGAAGAGCUCGCAGCCAAUAAUGCUGUUAAAGAAGAACUUGCAAAGAAAAAAGGAUUUGGAUUUGGUAAAUUCAUUUUAGGUAUAACAAUCUUUGGUGGUAUAGCUUAUGGUGGUGCUGUAUAUUACUCUCUUGAACAUGAAGAUUUUCGUGAUGCUUUUGUUGAACAUGUUUAUGGAGCCGAAAAAUCUGUUGAAUAUUUUGAAGAUCUUCAAAGGCAAGGAACUUUUGAAAGAAUUAGAAAGGAUGUUAAACAAUUUAACAAUAAAGCUUUCGAUAAGGGUAAGGAUGUUUUUAAUAGGGUGAAUCAAAUUUUUAAACAACCUGAUACCGUAAAAGUUCCCAUAGAAAAAAUUGUUAAGGAAAGAAAAAUAGAAUUACCCGAAGAUCCUAUUCUUCUUAAACUUACUUAUACUCUAAAUGAACUCAUUGACAUUCUUGAUAAUUAUGAUGUUAAGGAUAAAGACGAUCUUAUUAAAAGAGCAAAGGAAGAAUUAAGGGAACUUGGUACUCAUAUUGAUCUUCUUAGAAUUGAAGAUCAAGCAAGAAUUCAAGCCCAUAUAACUGAACAAAACGAAAAGUAUAAUCAGCUAUAUGUUUCAAAAGAAAAUGAACUAAAGCGACAAUUAGAAGAUGAAAAGAAACGCAUUUAUGAACAACAUUAUGAACAGUUUAAUAGUGAACUCGCUCGUGAAUCUGCCAGACACAACGAGGAAUUGAAAAAUGAGCUUUUUCGACAAUCUGUUGAGAUACAACGAAGAUGGAUUCGAGACGUUAAAUUUAUGGUUGAAAAAGAGCGCGGUGGACGUUUAGCAAGGCUAGACAACAUUAACCAUCAUCUUAAGAUUCUUGAACGUAUAAGCGUAGAUAAUGCUGAACAUUUGGAUGAUAGUCUUAAAACUCAUAGAUUAUGGUGUGCGUUAAGAGCGUUACAAAACGCAAUCGAACAACCUGAUCGAAUUCCUUUUGCUAAUCAGAUUGCUGCUAUGAGACAUUUAUCUUCAACCGAUGAAAUUGUAACUACUGUAUUGUCUACGAUUGAUGAUAAUGUUGCAAAUAAUGGAGUGGAUUCCAUAUCAGAUUUAUCAGCUCGGUUUGCAACCGUAAGAGAUGAAGUACGACGCGCGUCUUUGGUUCCUGAAAAUGGUGGGGUAUUCGCUCACCUUCUGUCCAUUAUGCUUUCAAAGGUUUUAUUUCAUAAGCAUGGACUUGUGGAAGGAAGUGAUGUUGAAUCAAUUCUUGCAAGAGUUCAAUAUCAUCUUAACGAAAAUGAUUUAGAUACUGCAACGCGAGAGUUAAAUCAGUUAAAAGGAUGGCCAAAGAAAUUGGCAGAAGAUUGGAUCAAAGCUGCCAGGAAUCAUUUGGAAAUUAAGCAGGCGAUUGAGGUCUGUCAUUGA